AACCGCAUUGGCCACCGUGCUGGAUCACAAGCGCCGCCCUGGGCGCCAGACAGGUGCAGCAGCAGCAGCAGCAGCAGCAGCAGCAAUAACCGCAGGAGGAGCAACAGCAGCAGCAGCCAGUCAGCAGCCCCGCAAGUCGAAACUCCUUGUCGAGCGAAAAAUCGGGAAAACUGACAGCAACACUGACAGCACAACAGCAACAGCAGCGGCAGCAGCAGCAGCAGAAACUACAGAAGCUCCGGCUACGACAGCAACAUCUGCAACAUCAACAAUUGCAGUUGCAACAACAACAACAGCAACAGCAACAGCAACAGGAGGAACAACAGCCACUGCAACUGCAACAACAGCAGCAACAGCAACAGCAAUCCAUACCACAAAAAUCAGCCAAGUGAGGCUUAAUAACCCAGCGACAUCAAGCAUGUUACUUUUGCAACCCAAUAGCUCCUUUAGUUCACUGUCGCCCUUUGAUAAUUUCUCCACGCAAUCCGCGACGACGACAACAACGUCGUCGGUAACCGCAGCAGCAGCUGGACACCAUCAUCUGCAGCAGCAUCAGCAGCAGCAGCAGCAACAUCAACAACAUCAUCAUCUCCAGCAGCAGCAGCAGCAGCAACAUCUGCAGCAGCAUCACCAACAGCAGCAGCAGCAACAUCAGCAGCAGCAGCAGCAACAUCAGCAGAUCCUUAAUACCCAACAACACCAACACCUGCUGAAGACCGAGUCACUGCUCUCCCAUGAGGAGGAUCAGUUGAUAAGCAACCUGAACGACGUGGCCGGAUCGCACAGCGAGCUCUUCUCGGAUCUCUUCUUCCCGGACUCGAACAACUCGCUGCUCUCGCCGACGACCAGCGGCUAUCCGGAUAAUCCAUCUGGCGAGGAUCUCACCAGCUCCAUCGAGAAUCUCACCAAGCUCACGUGCCUGCGGGACAAGCGGCUCUCCUCCAUUCCCGAGCAGCAGCUCAGCUCCGAGCAGGAGCAGCAGCUCUGUCUGCUCAGCCUUCGCUCCAGCAGUGAUCCAGCCAUAGCCCUCCACGCCCAACAGCAGCAGCAACAGCAGCAGCAGCAGCAGCAACAGCCCCAGCAGCAGCAGCAACAGCAACAGCAACAGCAGCAGCAAUCCGGCGCGGGCCAAAUCCAGCUGAUCUCGCCCAUCGGUGGGCCACUGUCCUGCGGCAGCAGCCUGCCCAGCUUCCAGGAGACCUACUCCCUCAAGUACAACAGCAGCAGCGGCAGCAGUCCCCAGCAGGCCUCCUCCUCCUCGACGGCGGCAGCGACGCCAACCGAUCAGGUGCUGACCCUCAAAAUGGACGAGGACUGCUUCCCCCUGACGACUGCCGCCGAGGUUAUGUCCGGCUGGAAUGCCAGUCCUGCCCCGGCUCCUGCCCAGCUCCAGCAGCUGCACACGCUCCAGACACAGUCCCAGAUGUCGCACGCCCAUCCGCAUCCCAGCAGCAGCAGCAGUGGCAGCAACAACAACAACAACAACAACAGCAGCAGCAACAACGGUGGCAGCAGUGGCUACAACUACCACGGCCACUUCAAUGCGGUCAAUGCCAGCGCCAAUCUGUCGCCCAGCUCCUCGGCUAGCUCGCUGUACGAGUACAAUGGUGUCUCCGCUUCCGAUAAUUUCUAUGGACAGCAGCAGCAGCAGCAACCGCAGCAGCAGCAGCAGCCUAACUAUCAUAACUACAAUUCACACAAUGGCGAACGCUACUCGUUGCCCACCUUUCCCACCAUCUCGGAACUGGCGGCCGCCACAGCUGCUGUGGAAGCGGCAGCAGCCGCCUCCAUUUCCGCUUCAUUGGGGCCAACGCCCGUGCGUCGAUCCUCGCUGCCCGUGCAGCGUACAGUCUCACCCGCCGGCAGCUCCGCCCAGAGCCCCAAGCUGGCCAAAAUCACGCUGGGACAGCGACAUCACGCCCAUGCACACUCGCUGCAAUUGAGUUCGGCGCCCAAUUCGGCGGCCAGCUCGCCGGCGAGUGCCGCCGGGGCAGAUCUGCAGGCGGGACGACUGCUGCAAGCAGCCUCCCAGCUGUGCGCCGUUUGCGGGGACACCGCCGCCUGCCAGCACUAUGGCGUGCGGACCUGCGAGGGCUGCAAGGGAUUCUUCAAGCGGACGGUGCAGAAGGGCUCCAAGUAUGUGUGCCUGGCGGACAAGAUGUGCCCGGUGGACAAGCGGCGACGCAAUCGCUGUCAGUUCUGUCGCUUCCAGAAGUGCCUGGUCGUGGGCAUGGUCAAGGAAGUGGUGCGCACGGACUCCCUGAAAGGACGCCGUGGCCGGCUGCCCUCCAAGCCGAAAUCGCCACAGGAGUCGCCGCCAUCGCCACCCAUUUCGCUGAUAACGGCUCUGGUGCGGAGUCACGUGGACACGACGCCCGAUCCGUCGUGCCUGGACUACACCCACUACGAGGAGCCGUCGAUGAGCGAGGCGGACAAGGUGCAGCAGUUCUAUCAUCUGCUGACCAAUUCGGUGGAUGUGAUCAAGCAGUUUGCGGAUAAGAUACCCGGCUACCUGGAUCUCACGCCCGAGGAUCAGGAGCUGCUCUUUCAGUCCGCCUCCCUGGAGCUGUUCGUCCUGCGUCUGUCCUAUCGCGCACGCAGCGACGACACCAAAAUGAUCUUCUGCAAUGGCACGGUGCUGCAUCGCCAUCAGUGCCAGCGAUCAUUCGGCGAGUGGCUGAACGACAUCAUGGACUUCAGUCGAAGUCUGCACAGUCUGGAGAUUGACAUAUCAGCGUUUGCCUGCCUGUGUGCCCUCACACUGAUCACAGAGCGUCAUGGCCUGCGUGAGCCAAAGAAAGUGGAGCAGCUGCAGAUGAAAAUCAUUGGCAGUCUGCGCGAUCAUGUCACCUACAAUGCGGAGGCGCAGAAGAAGCAGCACUACUUCAGUCGCCUGCUGGGUAAACUACCGGAGCUGCGCUCCCUCAGCGUUCAGGGAUUGCAGCGCAUUUUCUAUCUGAAGCUGGAGGAUCUGGUGCCAGCGCCAGCUCUUAUCGAGAACAUGUUCGUCACCACAUUGCCCUUCUAGGCAGUCCAAAACCAACAACACAACACAAGAACAACAACAACAACAACAUUGCUUCCUUCAACCUAGAACCUAAGUUAGAGCCACUAAGAACUAGGUAGACCAUAACUAGCUUUAGUAGAAACCCCCAAUAAAUAAAAAGAAAGAAAGAAAGAAAGAAAGAAAAACUAAACGCGCAGUGCAAGUAUGCAGCAGAACACACAGGCCAUAUCUAUAUAGUUCGAGGAUAGCUGCUGGUUAGACAGGCCAUCCAUCCAUCCAUCCAUCCAUCCAUACCCUGCCCGAUGGAUAAUUGCGUACAUGAAUAUUUGAAAGAGACUCCGAAGGCUCCUUUGUGACUUCGUGUCAGCGCCCAAGCAAAUUACAACUUGUUGACGUUAAUUGUUCAAAUUGUUUAAUUUCAACUGUCAAAAUCAAUAGGCAGGCACGCACGGAACUUCAAUGGAAAACACUUUCCCAGCACAACCCUUUAUAUCCCGAACUCUACUCAAACCUGGCUCAACAUUCAGACGGACACGGGCAGCACCGAACGCUCUGUUGGCUUUUUCUCUUUUUUGCUAACUUCUAGUCAAUUGUUUUAAGCGUUACACAAACCACAAUUAGAGCUGUAGGAUUAUUAUUUGUAGUACACAUAGGUCCCUCCAGAAUUAACUCGAAAUAAUACUAGCUAAUAGUUGAAUGAGUGGCCAUAAAUUCGAAAUUUUGGAUUGAAUAAUUCAUAUAAAAAUUCUAUAAUUUGUUUUCCUUCUAAAUGAUUUCCACUCUGCCGAUUUGUGGAUAUCAAACUAUCAUAUCAUAUACACAGCAAUGCCAUGCUUGCCCUCUGGCUAAGAUAAAUCCCAUACGAAUCCCCCAUACCCCAACCAAGUAUUUCUGUAAAAUCUACAAUAAGUAUGCCCAAAUUUAGGGCUACAGUUUAGCUACAUAUAUCUACAUAGAUAGGCAUAGCAUUUAAGGUAUUACUUUGAUUGAAGGAGUUAUCAAUGGCACUCAACCAGUGCACAAUGAGAGUUUAAGUACCUUUUUGUGAUGAUUGUGUCUGACACAAAGAGUUGCACACAAACACACAAAUCUAGCAAAUAAGUAAUGGAUAUCUGUUAAUCUUUAGCAUACACAUAAGCUAAGUAUUUCGAUAGCCCAAAACCCCCAUACCCCCAUAUGCGUAUCUUUUAGUGUGUACGUUACAAACGAGAAACAAAAAAAAACAAAAGAAAAAUUAAACCUUAUUUAAUCUUAGCCACUACAAACUGAGUUCUCAAAGAAAAGGCAAAUGGUUCGAUUGUAUCUCUCUCUGUCUCUCUCUCUCUCUCUCUAUGGGUCGAUCGAUCCAUUUGUCCACUCUCUAUAUAUGUGUGUUAUUUCGAUAGGAAAAACCCCCCUCUAUGUGAUUUUGUGAUAGAAUUGGCAUUGAACUUUAAAUCUGUGUCUAUAAUACAUAUAUACAAUACAUGCAUAAAUAUACAUAUAUAUUUUUAUGUCUAACUUUUGUAUGGUUUAUUUUAUACGUACAACUUUUCUUUGAUAACAACAACAACAACAACAAAAACAAAACAAACAAAAAAUAAUGAUCAUUAGCUAGCAAAAUAUUAUAAAGUAUAUUUCAAAAUACAGCCUUUAGCAGAUGAUAAAAAAUUAAAAAAAAAAAAACAACAACUUUCCAAUUAAUGUUUUGUAUUGAAUGGAAAACCAGUUUUCUAUGUGUAAAUUUCAAGACUUUUAUAACUAAAAUAAUUAAACAAACAAAAAUAUAUGUAUAUGAAUAUGAACAACAUAUCUCUCUUUAAGCUUUCGAGUGCACAGAAACAGAACCCUUAAGUGUUAUUAAAUCUAUAUAAUUUAUGGGAUAUGAAAUGAUACCUACUAUUGGCAUGCCUAUAUAUUAACUAUACAAUUUAGAUAGAUCAUUAAUAAAUUAUUAACGUACAUGUAUGUAUGUAGCACCAGAGAUGAACUAGAUUUUGUACCAAUCUUUAGGAGGAACUUAGGCCAAGGUAAACUAAGUAUAAACCAUGAUCUGCAUGCGGCUAAGCUGAAGCUAUACACUUACAUAUAAACGCAUAUACAUUAUAUAAAACAUUUACAUCCAAGUUGCAUGACAUGUUUAGAAUUUUAGAGCAAUAAUUCAUAAGGACAAAGCACUUUGAAUAAACUAUAAACUAUAAAAACAAAAAAAACCUAUUAAAUAGAAACUACAAAAUGGAAACUUGUAACGGUUAGGAAACGGGAAAUGAAACAGGAAAAACACAGGAACAAGUUAGGUGACCAAGAAUACAGUUUGAAAGAGCAGCUCUUUAGCAAGCGAUGUAAGUUAGGUUCGGGUUCGAAACCCACAAAAACGAUGCCAUUUUAUAGCCGUUACAAACAAUGUAUAUCCAAUCAUGCACCACAUAACAUUAACAUACACACACACACAUAUAUAUAUAUAUGAUAUAUAUAUAAUAGUUAUAGUAAACCUCUACUUUGUACCUACACAAGAAAAACAUACAAUACAUGAAACCUUCAUACAUACUACUAUAUACAUACAUAUACAUAUACAGAUAUAUUUUGAAUAGAGAAAAACAACAACAAGAACUUUUACAAGUUAAUUCUGGCACAAAUAUAGCCAUAACCGGAACAUACAUACAUAUACAUAUUUUUUGGGUUAAUUGUUCUUUUUGUAAUUUUAUAUAUAUACACACAUACAUACAUACGCAUACCUAUAUGUGAAUGUCAAGUGUGUGAAACAAAACAAAAGAAAAAAGAAACCAACCGUAAAACGUGAAAUUUUUCGAUAAAACGAUUUUAAAAGAAAACCUUUUUCAACAUUGCUAUAAAAAUUAUAUAUGUAUACACCCUACACACACGAUAUAUAGUA